GCCCGGAAGUAGAGGAGUGGCAAGGUCAAGCUGCUGAGAUCCCGAGGAGCAGGGAUGCAGAACAGAACUGGUCUAGUUCUCUGUGCUCUGACCCUCCCGAUCGGUUUCCUGAUGAUCUGUCUGGGAGCCUUCUUCAUUUCCUCUGACUCCAUAUUCCACUGUCAGAAGAACCUGGUCCUGGCAUACUUGCUUCUGCCUCUGGGGUUUGUGAUGCUUCUGGGUGGGAUUUUCUGGAGCAACUACCAGCAAGCGAGCAAAAGCAAAGGGGUGUUCAGCCAUCUGCUCAGACAGCACCUUGCUCACAGGGACCUGCCCCUGGCCACAGUGGACAGGCCGGACUUUUACCCUCCAGUUUAUGAAGAGAACUUUGAAGCUGCACAGGGAGAGGCCUUGGAUGCUCCCCCACCGCUGUACACAGAGACUGGCCUUGAGCUCAGGAAUGAAAACGAAGCCCACCCAGAGGCCCCGCCUUCCUACCAAGAGUCCACGGCAGACUUGGCGACUGGUGCGAAGUCAGAGGUGCUGCAAGGCCAAGCCCAGAGCUGAAGGAAGGGCGAGCUCUCCAGCACGCACGACGCACCUCUGUGGGACUCAGCUGCUCCUAAGAGAGCCGGGCCAGAGCCAGAGCCACCACGGCGUAGGACAGCCACACAGUUCCCCGGAGCAAGGGCGGCCCGGGGUCCCUGGCAGGGCACGGCCAGCACAAGCGGACGUUUCCGACGAUUCCCACUAAUUCCGAGCCAGGUGAGCCUUGGCACCGCAAAAGCUUGGCUCUCCCGGGGGCUUUCUGUUCCGCUCAGCGCCCCUUCAUCAGCUCAGCCCCAAGCAGGAAGGAACACAGAAGCUUGUGGGGAUGCUGUGGGCUUCGUGCUGGACCUUACCUGGAAAUCACGAAUGGAAGGGGCCUGGGAAGGAAAGGUCAUUGUCAUUUAAUUUGUGGCUCAGCAUUUUGUAAGCUGGCAUCAUGAUUCCUCUCAUCAGCUAUGUUACCAGAGUGACUGCAGUAAUUCACAUCAUGAAAGUCAGGCUCCAGGAACCCAUGAAUGUUAAUGUGUACUAUUUUAUUGUAAUUAUGUAUGUCUUUUUUCUAAUAUGAAAGGAAAAGUCUGUACUUGCUUUCAAAAUGAUUCAAACACAAAUACUAAGUGAGUUAUUUUUAAGAUGUCUCCAUACAAGCAGAUACAAGGUUUCUUAUAGAUUAAAAUGGAACAGACACGUACUUGGUUCAUAAUACACAGAAUUCAGGGGAAGUGGACUUUGCAUUAGCCACAGAUAAUAUGAAUACACAACAUAAUAUAAAGCAUGUGAGGUUUCAAAAUAUUGAUAUGUAAUGCAAAGAAUCUCCCUGUAAAUCUCCAGAGUUUGAAAAAUGAGAGACUUUAAUUUACUAGGAAAUUCUUGGUGUCUCAAGACAGAGUUUUUAACUUCUAGGCUGGGAACAUACAUUUUAAUACUGAAUGUCAACUUUUAAAAAAUCUGGUUCCUCCUCCGUUUCCUUACAU